AUGGAAGCAUCUCCAUGUUCCCUGACCUCGUGUACGCUGGGUCCCCUUGACCAGAAGUACAGUUGGGAACAGCUUUGGGAGCUGGAACACCACUUCAAGAUGGAACCGUACCCGGACCUCCAGGCUCGGAAGAGUGUGGCCACCAGACUCAGACUGAAGGAGGAACAAGUUGAGGCUUGGUUCAUCCAGAGAUCCUUGGAGCAGGAGAUGCGCCCCCGCUUGGCCAGGCUACAGGAGUCUGCCCGGGAUGAUACCUCUUCUUCCCACAAUGUCCUCUGCUGCCAGCCACCAAGCUGGAAGUACAGGCUCGUCCCCAUCAAUCCCCCUGAGUCCUCAACCAGCUGUGAGCAUAGCUGCCGACCUCCUUCCCCGUGGGGCCACUUCUACAAGCAGUAA